AUGAGUUGGAGUUUUCUGACCCGUCUGUUAGAGGAGAUCCACAAUCACUCAACCUUUGUUGGCAAAAUCUGGCUGACAGUGUUGAUUGUAUUUCGGAUUGUGCUAACUGCUGUGGGAGGAGAAUCCAUUUAUUACGAUGAACAAAGCAAGUUCGUGUGCAACACGGAGCAGCCUGGCUGCGAGAAUGUUUGUUACGAUGCUUUCGCUCCUCUUUCACACGUGAGGUUUUGGGUCUUUCAGAUCAUUCUUGUUGCCACUCCAUCUGUGAUGUAUUUAGGCUACGCAAUUCAUAAAAUUGCCCGGAUGGUGGAACACAGCGAAGCUGACAGAAGAAUCCGAAGCAAAAGCUUUUCCAUGCGCUGGAAACAACACCGUGGCUUAGAGGAAACUGAGGAGGACCAUGAGGAAGACCCGAUGAUGUACCCAGAAAUAGAGCUGGAGAGCGAACGGGAGAAUAAAGAGCAGCAGGCCCCUGCCAAAGCUAAGCAUGAUGGCAGGCGGCGAAUCCGUGAAGAUGGACUCAUGAAAAUUUAUGUCCUGCAGCUUCUGGCGAGGACUACAUUUGAAAUCGGCUUUCUCGUGGGUCAGUAUUUUUUGUAUGGCUUUGAGGUCAGCCCCAUAUUUGUGUGCAGCAGGAAGCCGUGCCCGCACAAAAUAGAUUGUUUCAUUUCAAGGCCAACCGAAAAGACCAUCUUCCUGCUAAUAAUGUACGGGGUGAGCUGCAUGUGUUUAGUUUUGAAUGUCUGGGAGAUGCUCCAUUUGGGAUUUGGCACAAUCCGGGACACGUUGAACAACAAGAGAAAAGAGCUGGAAGACUCCGGUACCUAUAACUACCCUUUUACUUGGAAUACGCCAUCUGCUCCUCCUGGCUAUAACAUCGCGGUCAAGCCAGAGCAAAUGCAAUAUACCGAACUGUCCAACGCCAAAAUGGCCUACAAACAGAACAAAGCCAAUAUAGCUCAGGAACAGCAGUAUGGAAGUAAUGAAGAAAACCUGGACCUUGCGAUCCAGGCUUACAACAACCAAAACAAUCCCGGCAGUUCCAGAGAGAAGAAAUCCAAAGCAGGCUCAAACAAAAGCAGUGCCAGUAGCAAGUCAGGAGAUGGGAAAAACUCUGUCUGGAUUUAA